UCAAUAUUCUGGUUUUGUUUCUGUAUCUAAAACACCAACUAAAGCAUUUACAUUAUCAAUGACUAGCGCUUUGACAAAUAAAAGUAUUACAUUUUUACUGUGUGAAGUAGAGGCUUAUACAGAAUGCAGUGAAGGAACCUGGGGUGAGCAUUGUAAAAACGAUUGCAAUGAAAAAUGUCCAGAUUUGUGCCGGUUUGAUGAUGGUUUAUGCAGUAACACUUGUUUCGGAUACAGUGACCCACCAAGAUGCAAGAAAGCAUGUGGAGCAGGCACCUGGGGUUUAAACUGCACAAAGUCAUGCAGCAAGCAAUGUUUCAAUUCUUCAUGCGACAGACAAACUGGAGUGUGUGACAAAGGAUGUUUGGGAUAUAGUAAUCCACCUCAAUGUAAUAUAGGUCAGUGAGGGCAAAAUUUGCAUUUUUAGCGGCCUCCG